CAAGCUAAGGCAAAGGUAAAGGCAGUCACAGCGAAAAAGUAAAAAAAUUAGAAAUGGAAUACCAGCCUACUAACUAGUCUGCUACCACGUUUUACUUUUUGCUUCUUCUUCUUCUUCUUCUUCUUAUUUCUUUUGAGAGAGACAACAAAAAAGUAAACCAAAGUUGUGGAGCCAAACCCAAGUUCCCAGUUGUUUCAUCUUCAUCUUCUCGGAUCUGACUGCGUUUCCUUGCUGUUCUACCUUUGAUUCCUAUAUUUUUUUCCCGUUUUCCUUUUUUUUUUUAAUUACAAAGAGAGAGACGCAAGUCCAAGUCUGAUGGUUGGUAUCUGGGAGAAAGGAGAAUUCAGAUCUGUGAUUAACAUGAAGUAAAAGGCUGAAAAGGUUGAAGGCGGUGGUUGCUUUCACUUCUUUUUAAUUUUUUUUAUUUGCUUUUACGAGAUGAUGAAGCGUUAAGCGGGGAUUUGGUUAAGUUGUUCCCAAUCUUUGUCUGAUCUGAUAAUCAGCCGUGAAAUCCUCAAGCUGAGGUUUUCGUGAAAGCCAUUUCUUUUGUCCAGAGAUCAUUUGGUGUCUGGAAAACCAAGUUAUUUUCAGACCCAUGGAGGAUGCAGGCGCGCAAGUAGCUCCUCCCCUUUAUAUUCACCAGGCCCUUGCCAGCCGCUUCUGUGAUCCGCCUUCUUUACCCAGGAAACGUGACCUUUCUUAUCAGGCCUCAGACUUUCUGUACCAAAACCCUUCACAGCAGCGUGUUGCCAACCCCAGGGACAACUGGAACCCAAAGCAAUGGGAGUGGGAUGCUGUGAGAUUCAUUGCCAAACCCUUAAACACCGGGAUUCUUCAGGCAGGGACUGCUACAGCAGAACAGAGAAAGAAAGGUCAUGUUAAUGGGAAUGAAAACUCUAUAACAUCCAAAAACGCCACUGCAGCAAAUGGUGAUGAUGAGAGACUGCAACUGAAUCUAGGUGGGGGAUUGAAUUCUGUGGAAGAGCCUGUUUCUAGGCCUAACAAAAAGGUCCGUGGUGGAUCGCCUGGGAGUACCAGCUACCCCAUGUGUCAGGUUGAUAAUUGUAAGGAAGAUCUUUCUAAUGCAAAGGACUAUCACCGUCGGCAUAAAGUGUGUGAGAUUCAUAGUAAAGCGACUAAAGCUCUUGUUGAGAAGCAGAUGCAGAGGUUCUGCCAGCAGUGUAGCAGGUUUCACCCACUUUCUGAGUUUGAUGAGGGGAAGAGAAGUUGUAGGCGUAGGCUUGCUGGGCAUAAUCGCCGUAGAAGGAAGACACAACCUGAAGAUGUGACCUCACGGCUUUUACUCCCUGUAAACAGGGAUAAUGCCGGGAAUGGAAGUUUAGAUAUUGUCAACUUGCUGACUCUUUUGGCUAGGACACAAGGUAAAACUGAGGAGAAAAGCAUUAAUCCCUCACCGGUUCCAAAUAGAGAUCAACUCCUUCAGAUUCUUAGUAAGAUUAAUUCAUUACCUUUGCCAAUGGAGCUGGCUGCAAAGCUGCCCAAUGUUGGAGUUUUGAACAGGAAGAGCCAGGAGCAACCUUCGCUAGGCAAUCAAAACCAAUUGAAUGGGAAAAACACAUCUUCUCCAUCUACAGUAGAUUUGCUUGCUGCCCUUUCAGCUUCAUUGACGUCCUCUUCUUCUGAUGCCCUUGCAAUGCUAUCUCAAAGAAGCAGCCAGAGCAGUGAUAGCCAGAAGACCAAGUCGAUCUGUCCUGAUAAUGUAGCUGCUUCCAGCUCGUUAAACAGAGCUCCUCUGGAGUUUACAUCAGUCGGAGGAGAAAGAAGCAGUACCAGUUAUCAAUCUCCUGUUGAAGAUUCAGAAUGCCAGAUUCAAGAAACUCGAGCUAAUUUACCAUUGCAGCUAUUUAGCUCCUCACCUGAGGACGAUAGCCCACCAAUGCUAGCAUCAUCUAGGAAAUAUUUCUCUUCUGACAGUAGCAAUCCAAUGGAGGAAAGAUCUCCAUCUUCAUCUCCAGUUGUACAAAAAUUCUUCCCAAUGCAUAGCACACCUGAAGCUGUCAAAUAUGAGAAAGUGCCCAUUGGCAGACAUGCUAAUACAAAUGCUGAGACAAGCAGGGCUCAUGGUUCUAUUAUACCUCUUGAGCUUUUUAGUGGGUCAAAGCGAGGAACAGGGCAUGGUUCAUUUCAACAUUUCCCUUCUCAAGCGGGGUAUACGUCUUCUUCUGGGUCAGAUCAUUCCCCCCCUAGCUUGAACUCUGAUGCUCAGGAUCGUACCGGGCGAAUAAUUUUUAAGCUAUUUGACAAGGACCCCAGUCACUUCCCCGGUACACUACGGACCCAGAUUUAUAAUUGGCUUUCAAAUAGUCCGUCUGAAAUGGAGAGCUAUAUAAGGCCUGGAUGUGUGGUUCUGUCGGUUUAUGUGUCAAUGCCGGCUGCUGCCUGGGAGCAACUUGAAGGAAACCUGCUUCGGUAUGUCAAUUGUUUGUUGCAAGACUCUGAUUCAAAUUUUUGGAGAAAGGCAAGGUUUUUAGUUCAUACAGGGAACCGUCAGUUAGCGUCACAUAAAGAUGGAAAGAUCCAUCUGUGCAAAUCCUGGCUAUCGUGGAGUUCACCUGAGUUGAUCUCAGUUUCUCCUUUGGCUGUUGUGAGCGGGCAAGAAACCUCUCUUUUAGUGAGGGGUAGAAAUCUGACUAAUCCUGGCACCGAGAUUCAUUGUGCAUACAUGGGUGGAUACUCAUCAAUGCAAAUUAAUGGGUCAACAGAUAAGGGAGCCUCAUAUGAUGAGGUAAACAUGGGCAGUUUUAAGAUUCAGGUUCCAUCACCAAAAGCACUAGGUCGUUGCUUCAUUGAGGUGGAGAAUGGAUUCAAGGGAAACAGUUUUCCUAUAAUAAUAGCUGAUGCUGCCAUUUGUAAAGAAUUGAGACUUCUGGAAUCUGAACUUGACACAGAAGCUAAAGCUUCUGAUAUUAUUUCUGAAGAGCAUGCUUAUGAUUCUCACCGUCCAAGGUCAAGGGAGGAAGUGCUGCACUUUCUGAAUGAACUUGGAUGGUUAUUCCAGAGGAGCACUGCUCCCUUGCCCAAGAGUUCUGAUCAUUCCCUUCGCCGUUUCAAAUUUUUGCUCAUGUUCUCUGUUGAGAGUGAUUAUUGUGCUUUGGUCAAGGUACUUCUUGACAUGCUGGUGGAAAGUAACUUGGAUUUGGAUGACCUAUCCAAGGAUUCGCUGGCCAUGCUUUCUGAGAUUCAGCUGUUAACCCGAGCAGUGAAAAGAAGGUGUAGGAAGAUGGCUGACUUGCUCAUACAUUAUUCUAUCAGUAGUAACGAUGGAAACUCGAAAAAGUAUAUCUUUCCACCGAAUCUUGAGGGUGCUGGUGGAAUCACACCUUUACAUUUGGCUGCAUGUACAUCUGGUUCGGAUGAUAUGGUAGAUGUGCUGACGAAUGAUCCUCAGGAGAUUGGGUUAACCUGCUGGAGUUCCCUUCUGGAUGCAAAUGGGCAGUCUCCAUAUGCCUAUGCUAUGAUGAGAAACAACCAUUCUUACAACAAAUUGGUGGCUGGUAAAUAUGCUGACAGAAGGAAUGGUCAAUUUUCUUUGACUAUUGGUGUUGAGGAUCAGCACUCAGGAGUGUCUGCAGUGCAGUUAAACAAGAUAAGUUUGCAGUUCAGACAAGAUCGUAGGUCUUGUGCCAAGUGUGCAGUUGUGGCAACAAGAUCUAACAAUAGGUUUCCGGGUUCACAAGGUUUGCUUCAACGUCCAUAUGUUCAUUCAAUGCUUGCCAUUGCUGCUGUCUGUGUUUGUGUGUGCUUAUUCCUGCGAGGCUCACCAAACAUUGGCCGCGUUUCUCCCUUCAAGUGGGAAAAUUUGGAUUUUGGCACAAUUUAGUUGGUAUGGGUAAAAAUCAUUUUGAAGCAAGUAACAAACUAGGGGCAGGUUGUGCAUGGUUCAUUGUACUGGAAAAUUGAAUUGAGCCUAAGGGAAUUUGAUGGAUAAAACUGGGUGGUAUAGGGGCAGACUCCAUAUGCUGCCUGAUUGCUUGUGAGAAAACCUGAGAUUUGGGAUAUCCUUCAGGCUAUGCCCCUCGUUUUGGCCAAUGUAUAAUGGAUUGUGGUAAAUUACCAGAUCCUAAGACCAUACAAAGGCUGAUUUUAUUUGUUGGAUGAGAUGAGAGGUGAGGUGAAGAUGUUGUACGUACAGCCACAAGGCUUGAAUGAAUGUUGCUACUGCUAAAAUUUUGGGAUGGAAGUGAGAAAGUGGAAAGUGUUGGCAGAGAAGAUGUAAGCAGUCUGAGAAUAAAUAGAAAUUAAGUUCAUUAGUAAUGUGCUUUGUAUUGUAUGUUUCACUUUAAUUUGAUUCCUUGAGUAUUUUAGAGAAGUUAUUAUGGUUUGUAUUAGUUUCAUUAUCUAUCCUUGUAAAGUUGAUGAAACAGCCUGUAGGAUUGAUUAUAGUAUACCAUGUUGUACCAUUACCUGA